AUGCAACAAAACGAAACACAAAGCACGUGGGUGGGUCCCAGAUUGAUCUUGACCGUUGUCCAGAGGCUGAAGACAUACAAGGCCAAGGUGGUCGUCUUCCCAAGACGUGCUCGCAAGUUCAAGGCUGGUGAUUCUGCUCCUGAGGAAUUGGCAACAGCCACCCAAGUCCAAGGCUCUUACAUGCCUAUUGUGCGCGAGAAGCCAACCGUGGAGCUUGUCAAGGUCACAGAUGAGAUGAAAUCAUUCAAGGCCUAUGCCAAGCUACGUGUGGAGCGCACAAAUACACGCCAUGUUGGUGCCAGGUUGAAGAGAGCUGCUGAGGCUGAGAAGGAAGAAAAGAAAUAG